AUCUUGCUGAGCAUCAUGGUUUCUGCCGACGUGGCCCGCAACAUCGUCGGCAUCAUUGGCAAUGUCAUCUCCUUUGGACUCUUCCUCUCCCCUGUGCCGACGUUCUGGCGUAUCUGCAAGGCCAAGAACGUGGAGGAGUUCAAGCCGGACCCCUACCUGGCGACGCUCAUGAACUGCCUGCUCUGGUUCUUCUACGGGCUCCCUAUCGUCCACCCCAACAGCACCCUCGUCCUCACCAUCAACGGCAUCGGCCUCGUCAUCGAGGGCGCCUACAUCAUCAUCUUCAUCAUCUACGCGACCAAGAACACAAGGGUACUUUCUGUACAGAAGAUCCUCCUGCAUGCCCCUAACCCAUGCUAUCCGUCUAUGCUUUGCGUGCAGUGGAAGAUGCUCGGCGUGCUCGCCAUCCAGGCGGCGUUCAUGGCUGCCAUGGUGGCCGGUGUGCUCGUCGGCGCCCACACCCACGAGAAGCGCUCGAUGAUCGUAGGCAUCCUUUGCGUCAUCUUCGGCUCCAUCAUGUACGCCUCCCCGCUCACCAUCAUGGGUAAAGUGAUCGGGACCAAGAGUGUGGAGUACAUGCCAUUCUUCCUGUCGCUGGUAAACUUCCUCAACAGUCUCUGCUGGAUGGGCUAUGCGCUAAUCAAGUUUGACAUCUACAUCACGAUCCCCAAUGCCCUCGGUACAAUCUUCGGCCUCAUCCAGCUGAUCCUUUACGGGUACUACUACAGAUCUACCCCCAAGAAGGGCAAGAAUGUCGAGCUGCCCGCCGUCCUCACCAAAAACGCCGUUACCAGCGGCAACGCCUCCGUCACCAUAGAGAAAUAAGCUUUGCUUCGUUUUUAGCCCUAAAGAUUUUGAGUAGUUAAUACGGGAUGAUACUUCAACAGGUCUGAUGUUAAUUAGUUGUACUUUUUGUUAGCUAGUAGAGUCUGAGAGUGCCUUUAAUUUUGUGAACCAUUGUUGUCUGUCCGAGACUACAGUGCAAAUUGCAAGUGUAUAUAAAUACCAAUGCAGCUGAGUUAUCCCAGAGAUAUAUUAUGA